CCACCAGUUGAGAAUCACUGCCUUAGAAUGAGCAAAAGUGAUGAUUGUGUAAUUGAUGAAAAUACUAGAAAUCUUUGUGUUUCAUGAACUUCAGGUUGGGCUCUGAUGUUUCCGUUUUCAUCACUUUGUUCACUCGAGAGGACAAAAUCAUUCCAAAGACGUCCUCAUGAAGCUGAAUUCAGCCUUUGUAGAAUCAAGAGUGCGUUCUCCCUCCACUGGGACAAGAGUAGGAAUAUGUCUUCAUUCAGCUUUAAAGCUCAGUUAUAGAGUUGAGCUUUACUUUACUGUCACAUUUUAUUUUCUCAGUAAAAACAAGUAGAUUCUAUUGUUUCAGAUAAAAUCAGGUUCCACACAUUUAUGCAAAUAGAUCAUCACAAAUAUGUAACUUUAGACAAAUGUACAAAUCAUUUUACUUUGUAGAAAUGUGGUUCCAGUUCAUGUAAAUGUGAUGUGAAAUAUAAAACAGUGACAUGUUGAACCAGAAUCAGGUGAUUGUUUGACUGAAUAUGUGACUGAUAUACUGAGCUACAUCUUUUAUUCUUAUUGUUCUGACUGAAAGUUGACCUUCAGAAACACAAACAGGUUCAACACUUGACUACGAGGUUAAAGAGUGAAAUGUGAGGUUUGAUUAAGGUCCAGGUCAGAUGAACAGGAUCCUUUUUAAACAGAGACCACCAAUGAGGACUGAGAGGAACCACAACAACAAAGUUAACAUGAAACAAGUCAUGUGCCAUAUGUGUUUGUACAAUACAAUUCUGUCAACAUAUAAAUAAAAUGAAUUCAUAUAAAUAUCUGACUCCAUCUUUGUUCUGUUUAUUUGAGACUACUGUGUGAAGUUGUUUCGUUAAGGCUUUUAUUGUGGUGUUUCCUGUGUUUUAUUUUGAAAGGAACCUGGUCUCAGGUGGUCAGCGUAACUUGACAGAAACACACAAACGGUAGUAGAGCUUCCGGUAUUUAAUGUGGAGUAAAAAAAGUGUAUAAAUGUGUUAAAAACUCCUCUUAGCGCCAGUUGAACAGGUAACAAGGUGUUUAAAUUGGUUCAUAUCUUUGUAAAGAUUGAGAGUUAACUUUUACUGGACGUCAGUUAACCGGAUGUGUUGUUAUCGAUGCAAGAUGGUGCCGUGCCAGCGGCAGCCUGUUGCAGCAGCUCCCUGUGCGUUUUAAUUUUAGUCUUUCUUCACUUUUUCCCCUCUUCUUUUUGUUUGUUCUUUUUCUUCAACGUUUGUUUUUUACGGUCAAACAAAGGACCGUAAAUUUUUCUCAACUUUUCUCGUGGCUCUUCUGUUACUUUUCCUCCUGUUUGUAACGGAGGACCAUUGUUUGCUCCGGCGAUCAGCUGAUUACGCUGAGCAUCUGAGCAUACUUGACUUUCCAUUGUUUCUGUGGUUCCAACACAGUUUUUCCUUCAGGUUACGAAACAGACAGAUUCUAGCAGGGAGCCACGAUGACGUCAGUGGACCUUUUGAAGACUCUGAAGGAUUUAAAAGAAGAUGAAUUUAAGGAAUUCACCUGGCUUCUGCAGCAGCAUGGCUUCAUGAAACCUUACCAAGCUAUCAAAGAGUCAAAGCUGGAGAAGGCAAAUAGGCUGGACACUGUGGAUCUGAUGGUGAAGACCUUUGAACUUUAUGGAGCUCUAGAGGUCACCAGGAAGGUUUUACAGCAGAUACCCAGGAAUGAUCUGCUGCAGAGUCUGACAAACACCAGCUCAGGACGAGAAGAUGAUGUUGGAGAGACUUCAGAGAACAGAGGAACAUCCGCCUGUCAGAGCAAAGGAAAACAUCUGGACGUGUUGGACCAGAAGAACCUGAGUCUGGUGCCAGCAGUCAAAGCCUCCAACAAAGCUCUGGUUGAACCUGCUGGAGAUCAGAGGCUGAAACCUGUUCUGAGGAAGUUUUCCUGUGAACUCACAAUCGACACAAACACACUGCACAGAUGGCUCAAACUGUCUGACAACAACAGGAAGGUGACAUAUGAGGGAGAGUAUCAGUCAUAUCCUGAUCAUCCAGACAGGUUUGAUGUCUGUACUCAGCUGCUGUGUAGAACUGAUCUGACUGGUCGCUGUUACUGGGAGGUCGAGUGGGGAGGAGCGGUUUCUAUAUCAGUGAGUUACAGAGGAAUCAAUAGGAAAGGAAACAGUGAUGACUGUUGGUUUGGAAAUAAUGAUCAGUCCUGGAGUCUUUUGUGCUCUGGUGAAGGUUACUCUGUCCGUCACAAUGAGACAACAACAGACAUCAUCACCACCUCCUCCUCCCCCUCUGGUAGAGUAGCAGUGUAUGUGGACUGUCCACAUACACUGGCUCUCUGUCCUUCUGGCUCUCUGUCCUUCUACAGAGUCUCCUCUGACACACUGAUCCACCUCCACACCUUCAACACCACAUUCACUGAACCGCUUUAUCCUGGGUUUGGGUUCUGGUCCAGGUUUGGUGGUUCAGUGUCUCUGUGUUCUGUGGAGGAGGGAAAGUCUCCUCCUCUGUAAAAACUCACACUGCUGACGAUGAGAUUCAGAUCAAUAGAACAAAAUAUAAUCAACAAAUAAAUCACUUUUAUAUAUUAUUAUGGAGAUAACAAUCAACAUUUAUUGAUCCCUCGGUGAAAUUCAGAAAUGAAUACUUUAGUACUUUUACUUUCAUUGUGAAUGCAGGACUUUCAGGUUUUACUACUUUAACUUAAAGAUCCGUUGAAGACUUUUGGAUGAAUGAACAUAAUAUUAAUUAAAGCUGCGAGCAGCGACGAAUGGGCCCUCGCAUCCUCCCGCACGUCGGGGGAUGUUUUUUUCCUGCGUGGACCGCCUGACGCUGGAAAUUCCGUUUUGCAAAUAGUCCGAUGCUUCCUGUAUCCGCUGCCUGGCGCUACAGAACACGUGCAAACAUGC